CUGGAUCUGUACGAAUAGCAGAGCCCAGGAAACGACCGAAUUAAAACGCAUUUAUCCCUUUAUAUUUAGUACAUGUCCGUUGCUCAAAUAAAAGAGGAUACACGGAUUAUCUUGGUCGAAAUAAAACUGGUCUGAGAUCAGAAUGACUAAUGAAGAACCUCUUCCGAAGAAGGUUCGCCUUAGUGAAUCUGACAUGAAGACCCUUACGAGAGAGGAGCUGUGUGUGAGGUGGAAGCAACACGAAGCCUAUGUCCAGGUGCUGGAAGCAAAAUAUGCUGAUUUGAACUCAAAUGAUGUGACUGGGCUUAAGGAGUCGGAGGAGAAACUUAAGCAGCAGCAGCAGGAGUCGGCACGGAGAGAAAACAUUCUGGUGAUGAGGUUGGCCACUAAAGAACAGGAGAUGCAGGAGUGUACAACCCAGAUCCAGUACCUGAAGCAAGUCCAGCAGCCCAGUGCCGCCCAGCUGAGGUCGUCCAUGGUGGACCCAGCCAUCAACUUGUUUUUCCUUAAAAUGAAGGCUGAACUGGAACAGACUAAAGACAAACUGGAGCAAGCCCAAAAUGAACUGAGUGCCUGGAAAUUUACACCUGAUAGCCAGACAGGGAAGAAGUUGAUGGCCAAAUGUCGCAUGCUGAUCCAGGAGAACCAGGAGCUGGGCAGGCAGCUCUCCCAGGGACGCAUCGCCCAGCUGGAAGCCGAACUUGCCUUGCAGAAAAAAUAUAGCGAGGAGCUCAAAAGCAGCCAGGACGAGCUGAAUGACUUUAUCAUCCAGUUGGAUGAGGAGGUGGAGGGGAUGCAGAGUACUAUCCUUGUGUUGCAGCAGCAGUUAAAGGAGACCAGGCAGCAGUUGUCCCAGCAGGCCCAAGCCCAGGGAGCCCAAGGGGGGGCCGGUCCCAGCAGGACUUCACCCACUCCCCCAAACACCACCGAGGCCCCCACCCAACCUGAAACCGCCCCCUCCACCAGCUCCACCGCUGCAGGAGGUCGAGAUUGUGGAAGGGUGUUGAACGGACCUUCAAACGGAAACCCACCGCAGAGAGGGGUGUCUGGGGACAGCCUGUAUCAGGAGGCCAGUAGCGCCGACGAAGACUACCCACCGUCUCCGUCUGUCUCCAGCCCAGCCCAUGGGGGCGUGUCAAAACUCUCCAACCACUCAGAGGACGCAGGCAGCCAGGGGGCCGGAGAGGGCUAUGUGACUCAACUGAGCGCAGGAUACGAGAGCGUGGACUCUCCGACGGGCAGCGAAACGUCGGCCACCCAACACUCCAAUGACACGGACUCCAAUGCUGACUCCCACGAGGCCGCUGCCGUCGUCAAGGGCAACAGGACUACAGGGGCGCGGCACGGCUCUCAGAACGGCCUGGACUCGAACGCUUCCUCAGUGGCUGCCGUUUCCACCAAUGCCACAGCUGGCUCCAACACCUCCACAGGGUCUGUUUUGUAACAUUCUUAAAUGU